AUGCCCGACUUCACCGAUAAUCUUCGCCCGAGUCAACCUGAUGGGCCUACUACACUUGCCCGCGAGCGAGCAGAAUCCAAUAUCUCGCCCAAGGAGCUAAGCGAGCAUCUUCUUUCAGCUGAUGGAUUCUUGGAGCGACAAGCACGGAUCCUCCCGAUCGUGCAACGAGAGCCACUUUUCUCCAAAGAGAAGCAGCAGAACUUGUCUCGCCCCGAGCGAUUCAAACUAGGACUUGCGCGUGCGAAGCUCCUACGACGUUUGAAAGACCAACACCAAUGGAGCCAUGAUGAAUAUAAAAUGGCUGAGUACUUGGUUGAUGAUGUCUCGCCUUAUUUUUUGCACCUGGAAAUGUUCAUCACAACUAUCCGCGAACAGGCCAGCGAGGCACAGCGUGCAGAAUGGAUGCCACUCAUUGAAUCAUGGAAAAUUGUCGGUGCAUAUGCCCAGACCGAGCUGGGACAUGGUAGUAACGUCCGAGGCUUGGAGUUGGAGGCACGUUGGGACAGCCAGGCCAAGGAAUUCAUUCUACAUAGCCCUACUCUGACUGCAAGUAAGUGGUGGAAUGGGAGCCUGGGCCGGAUUGCAAACCAUGCCAUUGUGGUCGCGCAGCUUUUGCUUCCAAAGGCCGGAUCAGUAAAUGAAUAUGUAUCUCAUGGUCCCCAUCCAUUCAUUGUGCAGGUGAGGGAUAUGAAGACACAUCUGCCUCUGAGCGGCGUAGUGGUUGGAGAUAUUGGUGCGAAAUAUGGCUACAUUACGAUGGACAACGCCUACAUGCUUUUUGAUAAUUUUCGGAUUCCUCAUUCUGCCAUGUUAUCGCGCUAUUCCAGUGUGGACCCGAAUACUGGCAUCUAUACAAAACCUGAACAGCCCGCUCUGGUCUACGGUUCUUUGACGUAUGUUCGUGCACAAAUCGUGCAUCAUGCUAGGCUCGUACUUGCACGCGCAGUCACAGUUGCGGUGCGCUAUACUGCUAUCCGGAGACAAUUUCAAGAUCGGGAUGGCGACAAACGUGGGCCAGAAAUGGCAGUCCUUGAUUAUCCCACGGUUCAGAUACGCAUUCUGCCUUUGCUGGCAACUGCGUUUGCCUUGCAUUAUACAGGACAGUCGAUGCGCGCUACAUAUCAAAGUACCCGUGAAGCUGUUGAACAAGGAGAUUUUCGUUCCUUGGCCCAUAUGCAUAGUAUGUCUUCUGGUCUAAAGAGUCUCUGUACUAUGCUUGCCGCAGAUGGAGUUGAGACAUGUCGUCGCGCGAUGGGAGGGCACGGCUUUGGCGGCGGGAGCGGUCUUAUUCAACUAAAUAAUGACUACCUCUCCAAACCAACUGUCGAAGGUGAUAAUUGGAUGAUCACUCAGCAAGUGGCAGCUUACUUGAUCAAGAAAAUGACUACGGCAGUCGAUUCACUAGCAAGUCCUGCUACCGACAAGACUGAUGCUGUUUUUAAGGAAUUCGUUCGAAAUCGUGGCAAUGGGUUCUCGAAAGCUGGUCUUGAUGUGCUGGCAAGUGAUCGGGAUGUCGUCCAAAGCUUUGAGCUUCGUGCCGCUGCCUUGACAUAUGAUGUGUAUGAACAACGCGUGCUUAAAAAGCAGAGUUGGAACAGCUUACUCAUUCAACUUCAUAAGCUGAGCAAAGCCCAAUCUCAGUCGAUCCUAGUAACUGCCUUUUUCGAAUCCUUAUCAACUGACGACUUUCUCUCGGAUUCUACGAAGACCGUCAUGUGGGACCUGUUUCGGCUUUUUGCAUUCCAUACUAUGGAAACCGAAGCUUUCGAGUUUUUCUGCUGUAAUGCUGUCACUAAAUCUGACCUUGACCGUCUCCCUGCUCGUGUCCAAGAGCUGAUGUCCCGAAUCCGACCACAUGCGGUGAAUCUGGUUGAUUCGUGGAUGAUCCCAGACUAUCUUCUGGACAGUGCUCUUGGUCGGUAUGAUGGUCGGGUUUACGAGGAUCUUUACAAUAGGGCCCACCGUCUAAAUCCUUUGAACGAAAUUACAUUCAAUCCGAAUUAUUGGGAAGAUGAAAUUAUCAAAGGAAGUGGGGACACUGGAGCUAGUAUAUUGUCCAAGUUGUAA